AUGGAUCUGGAUCCACGACGUCUGCUUAUCUGCGGAGACUCGAACCUGGUGAUCCGACAAGUACGGGGUGAGAUCGAUUGUAAGGCACCGGAUUUGAUGCUGUUGCGGCAGCGGGCUUUGGACCGAUUACGUACUUGGCCGGAUCACGAACUGUUACAUGUUAAGCGAGACUGGAAUGGGAGUGCUGACAGAUUAGCAAGCGCCGCUACGCAACGACAAUGUGCGAUCGAGGAGAUCCAGGAUCUAGUAACUUUGAAUCGGUUGGAUGAGAUCCUGAUCGUGAAGAUCGAAGACGAGAUCGAACAGAUAUCUGCCCCUAGAUCCGGAGCGCGUAUUGGAUCUGAUCCAGACUCCCUACGGGAGGAGGGUGUGAGAGAGCUGAGGAUCGAGCGGAUCCGGCAAGCACAGGAUGAGGAGUCGUGGAUCAUGGGUCUGAGGAAGUGUUUGGUUGGAGAGAUCCGGGAUCUGACACAAGAGGAUGCUAAAGUGUUUGGAUCUAUUGCCAUGAAUUACAAAGUGGAUCAGUCGGAUGUACUCUUCUACUGCCCGACAACUAAGGAGGCAGCGGCGGAUCGAGACAAGUUGAUGCGAUUGGUGAUACCGGGGAUGCUUCAACAGGACAUUUUACAUCACUAUCACACGAGCCUACAGGGUGGUCAUCGAGGGAUCGGUCGCACCUAUGAUCGGAUCUGUGAUCAUAUCCACUGGAGAGGGCUGUACAAGAGUGUGCAACGAUAUGUGGGAGGAUGUGUUGACUGUGAAUCGGGUAGGGAGCGACUUCGGAUCCAGGGUGAGUCACCUGGUAACCUUCAGGCGACAUACCCAUUCCAGAUCAUUGCCAUGGAUCACAUACCUUCGCUACCUAGAUCCUUCAAUGCCAACACCGAAUUGUUGAUCUUCGUGGAUCUAUAUUCGGGGUAUGUGAUCACCAAAGCCAGCGCCUCUAGAUCCGCUCAAACAAUCGCGGAGACCUAUGAGGAAUGUGUCUUCCGCAGAUUUGGUGCGAGCAAGGUGAUCCGGCAUGAUCGGGAGCCAGGCUUUAUGUCUGACUUCUUUAAGUCCUUCAACAAGAUCUUGGGUCAACGUCAACGUGCUACUAUGGCUUAUCGACUCGAUCCGCAGAGCGUAUGGUCCAGACAGCUACCAGGGUCCUUAAGAUGUAUGUGCAAGAUCUGGACCAACGCGAUUGGGAUGAAUAUGCCGAACAGCUCACCUUCGCGAUCAAUACCGCAAGAGAUCGGAUCCGAGGUGAACCCCCUUUCUACACGAUACACGAAUCGGUCAUCCCGGUGGGGAGCACUCGCAGGCAUGAUCGAGAUCCCAGAAGAUGGCGAUAAGGGUUGCAAAAAUACUACCAACAAGCUCGAGAACAAGUGA